AUGCUCGCUCUCCAAACAACCCCACCAUCAAUUCACCUCAUCACGAGACAAAACCCACGACGCGACGGCCUCGACCACCUCCAAACACCCUCCAGUGAUACCCUCUCCGUAAUCGCAGUCGUCAGUCCCAAAGCCGCCAAAAUGUUCAAGAAAGACAUCUCCUCGGCGCCGAAGCAAAAGCUCAAGUCCUCGGUCCAGCGCGCCCUGCGCCAGUCGCUGCUGACCUCCUACCCGCUCCUGAACCCCUACAUCGACGAGGUGAUGCCCAAGAAGGCCUCGCUCGAGCAGAUGAAGCUGCCCGACCGCUGCUCCCUCUACGUCUGCGAGCAGGAGCCCCUCUUCUUCCAGGCCGACUCCCCGACCCUCCUCCCGCACCUCAAGCUCGUCCACCGCUUCCCCCAGGCCUUCCCCACGAUCCGCAUCGACCGCGGCGCCAUCCGCUUCGUGCUGUCCGGCGCCACACUCAUGGCGCCCGGCCUGACGAGCCCCGGCGGCCGCCUGCCGCAGCCGAGGGACGGCGACGAGGGGCCGGACGAGGAGGGGCACUGGAGCAGGGAGAUGGAGAAGGGCGAGCCCGUCGUCAUCAUGGCCGAGGGCAAGACGGAGGCGUGCGCCGUCGGGUUCCUGGUCGCCGGCACCAAGGAGGUCAAGGACAAGGGGAAGGGACCCGUGGUGGAGGACGCGCAUUUCCUCGGGGACGGUCUGUGGAGGCUUGUUUUGGACUAA